AUGUCUAAGCAUAGUAUAAUAAAAUCACCGGAACAUUCCCAGGCAAAUAAACUUGGUAUUAACUCGCCAUCUAUAGGUGAAGUAAUUUGCUUGAAAUUUGUAUAUUUAAAAACUUUUCUGAAUUUGAUGUUAAUACUCCAUUCAAAGUUUUUUAUAAUGUUACGGAACAUUUUUUGCCAAUUGAAUCCACCAAACUGGACGACAGGUUUCAAAAAUAUUCUAGAGGCUUAUAAUGGUCCGCUUGUUAUCUUUGUUAAAUAUCAAAAACAUGAAUAUUAUAAUAACACCAUAACCACUCACUCCAGAUGGUGUCACAACACAUCAAGUAAUACACUAUAUAGGAUUGUACCUUUGACAUGGCAUGAAGAAUAUACUAUCAAGGAAGGUUUAUCGGGUAAAAAAUAUUUUGCUUGCUCCAUAGAAGGGAAUUUAUUUAGUGUUUCGGGAAAUGUUCCUGAUAUAAAGAUUAAUUUGGUAGAACUAUUUGGUAACACAUUAGUUCAAGCCAAUGAAAAUAAAAAUCUAGUGAUGAUAGGUGUGUAUUGGUUUUUAAUGCAAAAGAUAGGUAACCAUAUUCAGAUGCUAAAAAAUGAUAUCUUGGAGAAAUUCAAACAAAAUCGAAACGUCGCAUAUCUGCGUGGGUCAAAAAUGGAUAUGUACGUAAGAAAAAGGUUUGAUAAUAUCUCAGAAAUGGUGUUUCAAGGGAAAGAAUUCAUCUUUGAGUUAGCAAUAUAA